AGCCUAGGCUAGGCCCCGUGACGGUAUGGAAAUAGUCGAUUGAUAUGCAUAAAAAAUUUCCCGUUACACCGAACGAGUAGACGGCGACAUUUGUUAUAUUUUGUCAAUGUUAAAGGUUAGAAAUCACCUUUGAGUAUACUAUCGUAUUUUUAGUUGUAUGAUAUUCCAAUACAAUACAGCAAUGGGGAGUGUAAAAACCGAUGAAACUUCUAGCUCUUCGAUUACUGAGGCUCAUUCACUGUUUUACAAGGAUCGACCUGAGAAAGCUUAUAAGCAGUUGACAGGUUUCUUGGUAGAUCGCAAAAUAUCAGAAGAAGAAAUAACAAAUAGAUAUGAAUGGAUUAAAACGAAAAGAUUAAAAUCUAAUGAUACUGUCAAAGAUCAAAAUCGUGUUACACGUAAAGUAUAUUUUCCUGAUACUUUGUGUGGCUUGUAUUGUGCACGAUUUUCAUCGGACGGUGAGACCAUAGCCACCACUUAUGGGUCUGGAUGCAUUCAGUUGAGAAAUGGAGAAACAGGUGAACUAAGAGUAACGAUAAGAAGUAGCUUGGAGACGUCUCUGCCCGUAACAUGUUGCCGCUUUCAUCCAAUCCAGAAAGAAAUUUUAUAUGCUGCAAGUGCAUGCGGAAGUAUAUUCAUAUGUAAAUUAGACAACAUCGAAUUUUGGAAGUUCGUUGAAGAACUCGAUAACGAAAUUAACGCAUUAGACGUCAAUAUUUCUGGAGACUUCAUAGCCUCGGCUGGAAAAGACGCAAGUCUUAAAGUUUACGAUGCAGAAACUGGAAAAUUGCUAAAAAAUUAUCAAAAAGAUAAGGCAGACCUAAUCACCGAGAAUGCAGUUAGAUUUCAUCACAUGAAAAUAUUUUCCAUAAAAUGUCAUCAAACGAAUAAAAAUGUCAUCGUCACUGGAGGAUGGGAUGAUACUCUCAAGAUCUGGGAUACGAGAGUCGGAGAUGGAUCUAUAAGAUCGAUGCAUGGACCGCACAUCUGUGGAGAUGCCAUUGAUUUGCAAGACACCAAUAUACUCACUGGCUCCUGGACCGUCAAAGACAGCCUUCAAAUCUGGGACUUUUCGAGCGCCAAGCUAAUAGAGACUGUCAAUCCUACAAAUCGAGAAGCAAGUCUAUCCGGUGAAUUUCUAUAUUCCGCUCGGUAUUUCGAUGGCGAUCCAUACGGCGAUCACGUACUAGUCGCUGGUUCGGGCACAGGCAACGUCGAAGUUAUAAAUCUGAAAGAAAAAAGCAUUGUGGCCCGUUUCAUGGCUAAUAAAGCGGUUGUAGCGAUUGACAGCUACAAAUCGAGUAUCGUUUACGGCGGCAUGGAUCCGGUCAUUUCGAUCGCUGAUUAUAAUUGAGUUUCUCCUGCUCUAAUUACCGUUGCGUCGAUGUUUGAAUUAAUAAAAAAUCGGGUGAGUUGUUCA